CAUUAAAAACUCUAUCUCUCUCAAAUCGAAAGGCACAGCCCAACUUUUCGCAAGUCGCUGUAAAGUUUGAUUUGCUUCUUUUUAUAUACACAUACUUCUCCUCCAUACACUACCUUCCUCUUCAAUCCUCAAGUUUUUUUUUAUAAACCCUAAAACCAUCUCUAAGAAGAGAUCAAGAUUUGUAAUCAAGAAGACACCAUUACUCAGAUCAACAUGCUCGCCGUUCACCGUCCUUCUUCCGCCGUAUCUGACGGAGAUUCCGUCCAGAUUCCGAUGAUGAUCGCGUCGUUUCAAAAACGUUUUCCUUCUCUCUCACGCGACUCCACGGCCGCUCGUUUUCACACACACGAGGUUGGUCCUAACCAGUGUUGCUCCGCCGUUAUUCAGGAGAUAUCCGCUCCAAUAUCCACCGUUUGGUCCGUCGUCCGCCGCUUUGAUAACCCACAAGCUUACAAACACUUUCUCAAAAGCUGCAGCGUCAUCGGCGGAGACGGCGAUAACGUUGGUAGCCUCCGUCAAGUCCACGUCGUCUCUGGCCUCCCUGCCGCUAGCUCCACCGAGAGACUUGAUAUCCUCGACGAUGAACGCCACGUCAUCAGUUUCAGCGUUGUUGGUGGUGACCACCGGCUUUCUAACUACCGAUCCGUCACGACCCUCCACCCUUCUCCGAUCUCCGGGACCGUCGUUGUGGAGUCUUACGUCGUUGAUGUUCCUCCCGGGAACACAAAGGAAGAGACUUGUGACUUUGUUGACGUUAUCGUACGAUGCAAUCUUCAAUCUCUUGCGAAAAUAGCCGAGAAUACUGCGGCGGAGAGCAAGAAGAUGUCUCUGUGAUGAGUCUUUGUCGUCGUCGAGUAGUUUCGUUAGAUCCGACGUUUUCUAGAUUUUUAGCCGUCGUGUGAUCUAUGUUUUUCCGGCUUAUGUGUGAAAAAAGUUACAUUAGUGAAUUAAUCUCUUAUGCAUAUCAUAAUCCUUCUUUUAAUUUUUGUAUUUUAUAUCAAGAACCUAUUCGGAUUAGCCCUAUUCCGGCUUUCACCACCCAAAGAUAAUAAUAUUCAACUAGAAGAAUGUGGUUAUGUUGUCCGUUAAUUAAAAGUAUGAUUUUCAAGUUUA